AUGGAGAAUAUUGAUCCACUCACAGUUUUGAAAUAUGAUCAUCAUGCAAUACAAGAUUAUGAUGAUCCAUUGCAACCUUCAUUCCAAUUUUCUACUUAUGAUAAUAAUCAUAAUUAUAAUUAUAAUCUUUACAAAUUCAAUGAUUGGUCACAUUAUGGAUUUCCCAUGCAAGAUACAAAUUUUGAUCCUUUCAUGGAAAAUUAUUAUCCUGAUUUUCGAAAUGAAACUCUUCCACCUGAAUUACUUGUACCACCACCAUUAAGCGUAGAAGACUAUGGUUAUGGUGAUGCUAAAAAUGUAGUUCCAAUGUGGAAUGAACUUGAUGCUGGAUUUUAUUCAGAUAAACAUAUCUUUUCUAUUAGCAACAUUAUUGGAGAAAAUGUUGCAAAGGAAAUUGUGAAGGGUAAGAGAUGUAGAGAAGAGAAUAGUGCUAGAAUGUUAACUAAAGAGACAAUUUCUGAGUAUUUCUACAUGCCAAUAUCACAAGCUGCUAGAGAACUUAAUGUUGGGCUUACACAUUUGAAGAAAAGGUGUAGGGAUCUUGGAAUUCAAAGGUGGCCACAUAGGAAAUUAAUGAGUCUUCAAACCCUAAUAAAGAAUGUACAAGAGCAAGGUAAUGAAUAUGAUGAAAAAAUAAGAAAUGCUGUGGAAGUAUUGCAGAAAGAAAUGAAGAAGGUAGAGGAAAAGCCAGAUUUGCAACUUGCAGAAAACACAAAAAGGCUUAGACAAGCUUGUUUCAAAGCUAAUUACAAGAAGAGAAGACUCAUGGUUAUGAGGUUAAUGGAUCAGUCUUCUAUCAGUGAAAGUUCAAAUGUUGAUGAUAAUCACAAAAUGGGUUAUUAA